AUUUAUAAGCCAAGAGAUAGAGAGAGAGAGAGAUAAGGGAACCAGAGGAGAGACAGAGCUUUGUAAAUCCUCAAGCCAAAGAAGAACACGAACAUUAUGUUGCCGUCAAGAAAAACCAAGAGAGAUUUCUACUCCGCCGGUGCCGGAGACUGCAUCUUUGCGCCGGUACGGAAACGACGGCGAUGUGUUUCUUCUUCUCCCAUUUCUUCGGCGCCGGAAACUAAAGCAGGAUCCGAUUUGCUAGACUCGAUCCCCGAAGAUCUUGUUGUUUCUAUCCUUCGUAGACUUGCUUCCACAUCUCGAAGCCCCGCUGAUUUCAUCAACGUUUUGAUGACAUGUAAGAGAUUAAACAGUUUAGCUACGUGUCCUCUUGUUCUGUCGAGAUUGUCUCGAAAAGCGUUCGCCGUAAAAGCUCAAAAUUGGUCGGAAGCAGCUCACCGGUUUCUUAAACGCUGCGUCGACGCCGGAAAUCUCGAAGCUUGCUACACUCUCGGAAUGAUUCGGUUUUACUGUCUGCAAAACAGAAGAAACGGCGCGUCGCUGAUGGCAAAAGCAGCGAUCAGAUCACACGCGCCGUCGUUAUACUCUUUAGCCGUGAUCCAGUUCAACGGGAGCGGCGGUUCCAAGAACGACAAGGAUCUUCGAGCCGGAGUAGCUCUAUGUGCGCGUGCGGCUUUCUUAGGACACGUUGACGCGCUACGUGAGCUUGGUCACUGUCUCCAAGAUGGUUACGGUGUUCCACAGAAUGUCUCAGAAGGCCGGAGAUUCCUCGUUCAAGCCAACGCUCGUGAACUCGCCGCCGUUUUAUCUUCCGGAGUCAAAUCUCAUCGAUCGUGGCUCGCUUUAUCACAGCCUCAAAUCUCUAAUCCUAACCAAAGCCAUGGUUGUCCGUUGCUGAGCGAUUUUGGAUGCAAUGUGCCGGCGCCGGAAACACAUCCGGCGAAUAAGUUUUUAGCGGACUGGUUCGCUGUUAGAGGCGGAGAUUCCCUCGGAGAUGGGUUGAGGUUGUGUUCUCACGGCGGAUGUGGACGGCCGGAGACGAGGAAACAUGAGUUCCGGAGGUGUUCUGUUUGUGGCGUUGUGAAUUACUGCUCACGCGCUUGUCAAGCGCUUGACUGGAAACUACGACAUAAAGUGGAUUGUGCUCCGAUGGAACAAGAUGCAGCCUAUGACGGAGAAGGCAACGUUCAGAUUGACGGUGAUCACGUAUUGGUGGUGCCUAUGAGUUAACGGCUGCUUUAGUUAGACGCGAGAUGAGGUUGACGAAGAUCUUGUUAGUUUCGGUUUUUGGUUUAAUUAGUGGAAAGAUUAUGAUAAAAUAUUACCAACGGUUAGAUAAGAGCGUUGGAGUAAUUUUUGUAUUUUUAUCUUUUGUAAAUAUGAGUAACAGGGAAUGGCUACAAUGUUUUUUCUAUAUGUUUCUCGUUAGAUUUUAAUUUUUUUUUCUU